AUGUAGUAGGUAAUACAAAAUGCUGUUAUAGAAAUAUCCAUAAAUAUUUUCCAUUAUUAUUCUUUUAAACGUUCUUCAAACAUCAAAAGAUUUAAGAUCCUUUUCACUCUGAAUCUCAUAAUAUUUACAUUACAGCUACAAAUUUCUCAGAUUAGGAUCAUUCACCAAAAUCAAAUUAAAUAACAAAUAAUCAAAAUUAAAUAUAUAAUCUCAGCUUAACUCAGCUCAGCUCACAGCUCAUUCAAAUUUUCGAUUCAAAAAUCUCACGCCGCAUGGGAUCCCGGUGAUUGGAUCAGAUCGGAUCCACCGUGCCGACGAUGGCGGCGGCGAGAAACCUCACGGCGGUAAAAGACGAAGAAAGCGGCAUGGAGCUUGAAGACGAUUCCCCCACCUCCAAGAAACCUAAAUCCGAAAAAUUCCCACUCAAUUCAUGGCAAUUCGCCGUCGCCGUCGCCGUUUUCCUCCUCUUCUCCACCGGUCUUUUCUGCAUUUACCUCACCAUGCCUGCAACAACCUCAGCUAAUCUCAAAUUGCCUCGCACCCUCUCCGAUCUUCGCAUACUCAAAGAUCAAUUUUCGACGUAUGCGAAUGAGCAUCCAGCACAGUUCAUUAUUGGGUAUUGUUCAACGUAUAUCUUUAUGCAGACAUUUAUGAUUCCAGGAACAAUUUUCAUGUCAUUGUUAGCUGGUGCUCUUUUUGGAGUUAUUAAAGGAAUAAUGUUGGUUGUUUUCAAUGCUACUGCUGGAGCAUCUUCAUGCUUCUUUUUGUCUAAGUUAAUUGGGAGACCUAUUGUUACUUGGUUGUGGCCUGAAAAGUUAAGGUUUUUCCAAGCUGAGAUAGCAAAGCGUAGGGAUAAGCUGUUGAAUUACAUGCUUUUUCUGAGGAUAACCCCGACAUUGCCGAAUCUUUUCAUCAAUUUGGCAUCUCCAAUUGUUGAUGUACCAUUUCACAUAUUCUUUUUCGCCACAUUGAUUGGCCUUAUUCCAGCAUCGUAUAUUACUGUCAGAGCUGGACUUGCUCUUGGAGAUCUAAAGUCAGUAAAGGAUCUAUAUGAUUUUAAGACAUUAUCAGUGCUUUUCCUUAUUGGUUUUGUUUCUAUACUUCCGACGAUUCUGAAGAGGAAGCGGGUAUACGAAUGAAGUCGUGCACAGCUGAGCUUGCUUAAUCCAUUUGUUGAAGGCACGUCACAGUGAAUCAGAGGGAAUACGAGUUAACAAGAUAAAGGAAGUAGUAUUAUUAUUAAUUGAAACAGUAGCAAAUGCUCCCUUUUAUUUUCUAUGGCGGAGCCUCUCUUUUUUCUCUUCCUUUUUGAUCGCGCGGAGAGAGCUAGGGUAGACUUAGCUAGUGAUCAUCAAUAUAUACACAUACAGCUAUGACUCAUGAGUCUUUGGUGGAGCACUUAAAUUACUCCUAAUAUGGCUUUGAUUGCAUGAGGAACAAUGUGGGGAAUGUUUAUUAUGUUGUUGGUGUGUAUGCCUUGCACCAGAUAGGAACAUAUGUUUAUUUUGUACUAUUCCUUGUUUACGAUUACAAGAUAUAAUAGAAAAUUUCAACUUGAUGUGUUA